UGUCCCAAACUGCAGCACUAGCCCUGUCUGUUUCAUUCUAUUCAACAGAGGGGAUUGAGAAUGAAGGUCAUUCAGCUGGAUCCAUCUCUUGCCUAUCGACCAGAAAAUGAAAAUCACCAGUAUCGGAAUUAUGAAGAUGGCCCCCUGGUGGAUAGAGUGAAAAUGACCUACACCUUGAUGCACACACACCAAACGGUAGAAUUUGUGAAACAAAAGCUUUCACAUUGGGGCUCCUGCAUGCACAGGAAGAUUACUGUUAUGGAGGCGCUCAGUUUGUUGGAUGAUCUGGUGGAUGAGUCAGAUCCCGAUGUAGACUUCCCAAAUUCUUUCCAUGCAUACCAAACUGCAGAGGGCAUUCGGAAAAUGCAUCCAGACAAAGAUUGGUUCCAGCUGGUUGGACUGCUGCAUGACCUGGGAAAAAUCCUCGCUCUUCACAAUGAACCUCAGUGGGCUGUUGUUGGAGACACGUUUCCAGUAGGCUGUAAGCACCAGAAAUCCAUUGUUUUUAGUGAAACAACCUUUAAAGACAAUCCAGACGCACAUCAUCCGGUGUACAGCACACAGUAUGGGAUGUAUGAACCUAACUGCGGACUUGAGAAUGUGCUAAUGUCCUGGGGACAUGAUGAGUACUUGUAUAGAGUGCUGAAGUUUAACGAAUGCUCAAUCCCUGAGGAGGGACUAUACAUGAUUCGAUUUCACUCAUUUUACCCUUGGCACACGGGAGGGGAUUACCAACAUCUAUGCAAUGAAAAAGACCGAAAGAUGUUACCAUGGGUACAAGAGUUCAACAAGUUUGAUCUUUACACAAAGACAGAGGAACUGCCAGAUGUGGAGAACCUGCGGCCAUAUUACCAGAAUCUCAUAGAUAAAUACUGCCCAAGGAUUAUGAGCUGGUGACUUUUGCCUCAAGAUUUGAGAAGUUGUGAAUUAAUCACCCACACUAACCCUCAAAGGAAAGAGAUUUACCCAGUUAAUAUUAAAUAUCAACUUCCAUGACCAUUUCAUGUAAUUGUCAACAUUUCUUCAUGGAGACAGUAAUGGCAACAUUCACAUAGGUAUGAAAACCCUCUAUAGGAAGACUUUUUCUUCUAAUUUAAUUUAAGUAUGUUCCCAUACAGUUUCCCCAAAACCUGCCUCACAGCUCAUCAUCAGCUAAUGGGAUCCGGAAAAUAAAAGUUAAACAAAAAAAAAUUUCUUACACAAAUUUAUAGCGUACAGACAUAGAACUCAAAUAUUUAGUCUUCAUUAAAACAAGUCACUUCCCUCUA